UUGUACAUUUGUACUACCUAUUUGCUAGUCGGCUUAGUUACCGCAAACCUGGCUAGGGAUUGUUUCUGUUCACAAAGUUGAAUGAAACCCUAACUACAAACUAGGGUUUAUCGUAAGCUAUAAUUUCUUUGCAUCGUCUUCCAAAUUUUCCCAAUUUAUUUCUGAUUCUACGAUUUCACAAUUGUUUGUUGGCAUUUUCCUCUUCAAAAUGGCAAAGAAGAGUGUGCAUCUUCCGUUGGAACUGAUAACGGAAAUCCUGUUGAGAUUGCCGGUGAAGACUGUAUUACGCUGCAAGCGCGUCUGUAAGUCAUGGCUUUCCCUUAUCUCUCAUCCCGAUUUCGGUACUUCACAUUUUCAACUUACUGCCGCAGAGCCUACCAAUAGACUUGUGUUCCUAGACAAUUUUUUUGAUGUUCCUGAAAUCCUAUCUAUAGAUUUUGAUGCAUCACUUAACGAUGAUUCAUCAUAUUCUUCUUUGCUAAGCCUUCAAUUUUUCCAGCUCCGAUCUAUUUGUGAAAUUGUUGGCUCUUGUAGAGGCUUUUUGUUGUUGACUUGUGACAAAGACUUCUACAUAUGGAAUCCAUCCACCGGUGUUAUCAAAUACACACCUGUCUCUGUCUCUCCUAUAACUAUGGCCUCCAAUGAUCAUAUUCCCUGUCUUUUGUAUGGCUUUGGAUAUGACCCAUCAACAGAUGAUUACUUAGUAGUUUUGGGGUCCUUCAAACACACCAAUGAUCCUGCAGAUAGUUCUAUUGACUUAGCCAUUUUCUCAUUUAGAGCUAAUCAAUGGAAGCAAAUUCAGUCUGCUUCUCAUUUUCCUUAUUGGAUUAUUGAUACAUGCGUAUAUCCUGGAGUCGGGUUGCUCUUGAAUCAUGUUAUUCAUUGGUUGGUUUAUAAUUAUGAGACUUCAAGGUAUGCCAUUAUUGCCUUUGAUUUAAAGGAAAUGACAAUGUCAGAGAUAGCUCUGCCGGAUGAAUUUAUUUUCAGUGUUCGUAACACUUCUUCUAUAGAACGGGAUUUGUUGGAACUUGGAGGACUUAUUAGUGCAUAUCAUAUGAAGAAUUAUACAAUUGAGAUAUGGGUCAUGCAAGAAUACAAAGUGCAUUCCUCUUGGACUAAGACUCUUCAUUUUUCUUUUUAUCCUGCUCCGGAUUUUUCGCCAUUAUGCUUUACAAACUGUGGCGAUAUAGUUGGAACAGUUCGUGAUGGUGGAUUAGUCAAGUUUAAUGACAAAGGAGAGCUUUUAGAGCGUCACUCUUACGGUAACUGUUGCUUCCAAAGAUGUCAAAUGGUUGUCUAUACAGAGUCUCUGCUUUCACUCCCUAGUGGCACUGGGCAAGCUUUAGACGACUCUCGAUAAUAAACAAGAAUAUGACUAUGAAGUUAUUUGCAUUUACCAUUUCAUUGAUGAUAUUCAUAUCGUGUAUUAUGAACUCUUGAAAUCAUGAAGCGUAUUGAUACGCAAGAUAGUUAAACUGCAUGAAGACAGAACAAGAUUGAGGAGUAGAGUUAGUACAUGAACUUCAUCAUCUUUAUCUUAUUCCAUCAUUAUGUUCUCUUUUUACAAUAUUUUACAUUUUAUUGCUGUCUUAAUAUUAGUAACAUGCUUACUUCCAUUGUUUCCCUUAAUAAUGUGUUACCUUCCA